CGGCAGCUUCUGCGACCCCCGACCUUUACUCUGAGCCUUCACGAGCUCACUUGUGACCCUUUUCUUACCACUCACCAUACCUACUGCUUUUUGGAGCAGCACGGGUCGGCUCUAAUGUCAUAAUGGGCCAUCGAUCAGCGUUCUCCGUCGAUAUGAUGGUUGAUAUCCAGUUUUACAUAGUCCCCGUAAACCAACCUGAUCGAUCGACCGCGGGCCGUUAUCCAACGAGAGCGACAUAUAUUGCUCGGCCAACGUUCUCACCUCUUGCUGCAUGUAUGCUGGCUGCACCUCUACCUAAGAGGGACAAAGACAUGCACAAGUGGCACUACCUAAGUAGUGCAAGGAUCGAAGCUCUACUCGAGGAUAACAUCAUGCAUCUGCAUCCUUAUAGGUUGGGCGGGAGGGCCGUCCUCGAGCCGAAUAAAGGAGCAGGUAAGGAGGCAUGGAGGAGGGAUCCGCGGGAAAGCAGAGCAGAAAACCCCAGGGAUGGAGCAAAUUCACGCGAACUGCGCCUCACCACUCCUCACCCUCGAUAUCACAGGUGGAAGACUUAUCCGAGAGGGCUAGCGGCAGUCUGGGCUGAAUUGGUUCCAAACUGCCCAGUUUGAGGUCCAUCAAAUAUACUGAUUUUCAUACCGGAUGAUCUACACUGGAAAUAAGCGCCGUCUCAAGCCCACGAUUACUUCAUAUGA